AUGGCAGAAGAACCUCCAGCAGCUCCCCCGGCGGCCAAAGCCCCGAAGGCCGUGAAGGCGGCGAAACCGGUCAAGGCGGUGAAGGCCGUGAAGGCUGUUAAUUCCACGAAGGCCCCCAAAUCACCGAAGAAGGUGGCCCGCUCCGUGGGACCAUCCCUCCAGAAGCUGAUUACCGAAGCCGUGACCGAAUCCAAGGAACGAAAAGGGAUCUCUCUCCCCGGCAUCAAGAAGGCGCUGUCCGCCGAAGGCAUCGACGUGGUGAAGGCCAGGGGUCGCAUCAUCACCGCGGUGAAUAAACUGGUGGCUGACGAAACUCUGACCCAGGCUACCGGGUCAGGGGCUUCCGGCUCCUUCAAGAUCACCAAGACGGCGCCCAAAGCCAAGCCGGAGACGAAAGUGGCGAAGAAGAGCGUCAAAGCCGUUAAACCCGCUGCCAAGACGCCCGUGAAGACCGUGAAGAGAGCGGUGAAGAAGUCCCCAAAGAAGGCCGUCAAGAAGCCGGCAGCCAAGCCUGCUACCCCCAAGAAAACCACCCCCAAGAAAACUACCCCGAAAAAAGUGACCCCGAAAAAAGCCGCCAAGCCCGCGAAGAAGGCUCCGGCCAAGAGAGCUGCAGCGAAGAGGAAGUGAAGCGGCUCUUGGAGCAGCACGAGUGCACCAAACGGCUCUUUUAAGAGCCACACACAUUCAUGAAGAGCUCCGUCCUGCUAUUAGGGUCUGAUUAAGCAAGAUAAACAACUUGGUCAUCGAUCGUAGAUGACACUUCUGCUAAGUUAUUUGGUUCGAUUGAUCAUAAAUAUAUAUA